AUGGACAGUGUUCCGUCAAUGUCUAAUGUGUGGCUAUACAUGCCACAACGGAAUUCCGUUCUUCGCCUCAUACAACUCACUAACGAAGUGCAUCCGUUUGUCACUUUUACGGGGGCAGAAUUCGUUCUCAUCGGAUACUUGGCCGACUACACUCACAUCUACCCCAUCUAUUGUGACAAAGUAUUCGAGAAUGAUCAGCCUUGGAUUCAUGUACUUCAACAGGUUGGAACGCUAGUUGUCCCCGGCGGGGGGAUAUGCACCAUAUCCACAAUUUAUUCGCGACAACGACCAGGUGUCAGAGGCUUAGCGCUUCCUUCGUGGUUGCUUCCAGAGUUGAACGCAUCGGUACAAUUCCAUCAUGCUCCGUUUCCAUUCGGAUAUCCACCUCCCGAGCAUCUCGUUGUCCCUGAUUCGUGUGCUGUGGAGACAGCCUCCUUUAGCGCAUCUAUGCCAUUUUCAUCGGGACAUCCACCCCUCAAGCACUUCGGUCUCGCUGAUCCGGUCCUUCAACAUGCUGCUGAAAUGCCUGUCAUUGGCACGUCUGCGCCAUGUUUGGAUUACACUGAUCUUGCAUACAGUGACUUCAACUUCUACGACCACUCCACUGGCUAUUCUGCAAGCGCCGUUGACGAGUAUCUCAUUCCAGAGGACACAAAUGAAACACAACUCGAGCUAGCCUUCGGUGAGCAGCAACACACCAUGUAUCCCAGCCUGGAAUGGAGAGACUCCACCAAUACCGGCGUGGACAAGAACAACCGCUCACAAAUACUUCGUUACAUGAGGAGGACGCCCUGGAAUCGAAUAAUCACGCUAACAAGUUUAAACAUGACUCACAAGACCUACGAGGACAUGGAGUCCCACCCAGUGAUCGCGAGGAUUUCAGAGACCGAAACCGUGUCUGCUGGAUGGCCUGUGCUUCGCUUAAGUCUGGUUAAGUCGUUCUCCAGUGCCAAAUCGGACCUAGGAAAAAUCCUGAAAGGUGCGAUGUCAGCGCACCCCGACUUUGCCGGUACCAAGACGAUCGAGAAGGCUAUCUCCUUCGUUCUGGCUCUUAACUCGGGCCAAUCCUCUCAGAUCCAGCAAGCAAUUUCGGACCUCAUAAGUCACCAGGUUUACCAUAUUCUACUUCUCAUGGUGAAGGAUGAAUUAAAGAAGAGGAAGAUCAUGAGCGAAGCCGAGGUCGGAAACGAAGCUGAGGCCGAGGUCGAGGUGAACAUCGAUAUCGACGCCAGCGCUAAUAUCCUGGAACCAGCGCCGAUGAAUGCCAUUAUCAUGGCGGCUCUAGACCAUAUGUACGAGCACCCACACAUGUAUCCAACGUUCUCGGAGGCCGUGAGGAGUCUCCCCUUCAUAACGAGUUCUAAUGUUCUUCAGAUCGCUGCAAAGUCGCGACUUGCGAAAAGCACUAUCUCUGACACUACUGGUGACAGGCGAAUGGUCCUGGAAGACGUUCGGCCUAUCGUUGUUCAGCCAAUCCCCUCUGAUCAGUUUGGCGCGCUUCCCAAUAGCAACGGCUUUAGUUCCCCGAAGUCUCUGAGAGUCGCGUGGGACUUGCCCAUGUCAUCAUUCUCGCGCAACUUGAAGAGCCACACAUCGCACAGAGCUCGAAAUUGGCAGCGCAGUCAAACACUGCAUGGUAUUGAGAUACGAUCACAAGAGGUUCAAAUUCGCAUCAUGCCAUGGCUAACUACGUCACUGAUCGGCGGAACAGUACGGCCCAAAGUACGGCUGGCUGGUAUUCCCGUCCGGCAAACCUCGGCAAACAGUCAGAUACAUUCGGAGUUAGAAAUUAACCUGGGCAGAAUUGAAGUUCCGCUUAUAGACAAUUGA